AUGGGAAGGUUCCAGCAGAGUCCAAAUACAGAACACUGGCAAUGUUUGAAGCGGAUUGUACGGUACUUGCGAAGCACCGGGCAAAUGGUUUUGGAGUUCACCAGAAACAAGAAUGCACCGAGAGUCGUGGGGUACGCAGAUUCCGAUUGGGCUGCUGAUGCUGUGGACAGGAAAUCGAUUAGUGGCUUCAUCUUUAAAGUUUUUGGAUGCACAGUGUCCUGGUCCAGCAAGAAACAGACGACCGUGGCAACAUCAUCGAGCGAGGCCGAAUAUGUGGCGCUGAGCAGUGCGUCAGCAGAGGCUAUUUGGUUGAAUGGUCUUCUGGAUGAUAUUCAUAUCACAUCGGAAGCACCAACUGUAAUUUUCGAAGACAACCGUGGCUGUAUAGGACUGGCCAAGAACCUUGAGACGAAGCGGAGUAAACACAUCAUUUUGUAA